AUUGCUUCUCUUAUACUAUGAACAUGUAAAAAGCUGAUCUAGGUAGCGAUUAUCAUUCUGAUUAACCUUCGGGAAGUUGAAGUCGCCGUGGAACUGGCUGAAUAAGCACCACCACGAUCGAUCGAUCACUCACAGAAUUGGGUUGUCAAUUAACUUCAACCCUCUGAUACAUAUUCUCAGGUUCUGGGUAUGCGAAUAAGAGUAUACACUCGAAUCCAUGAUCUUCCAGAUUUUUUCAUCCACUCACUAGUAACAACACAUACCUAAACCUUUUCUGAUUCCUUGAUUAACCCCAGUACUACCUAGGUAGUUAACCACAACAAUGGUAGUCAUCUACGUCUCAACCACUCACCCCGUCAAUCCGCCCGAAAAAGCCAGUGAUAUUCUCACGCACGAUGAAAUAUGGGCCGCUCUAGUGGCCAAAGCGCGCCAUCCAGAAGAAUUCGUCGCGGCGAUCGAGACGUCGCGCAUCGUCAGGGAAGAUGCGACCGGGUUGACGAGAGCGGUCCUCUUCAAGGGCGAGUUGGGUAAGGGAGGAGAAGUCGAGGAGGAGAUUAAGUAUUUUGGGAAGAUGAAGAUCGAUUUCGCAGUUCCUAAAACAGGACAAUUCGUGCAGAACAUCAUCUCUGUCUCAUCUAGCGGUGCGCCGGAAGAGUUAUUCUUGACCUUCACUUUCCACUGGCCGCAUCCUGAUGUGGUGGAGGGAAGUGAGGAGGCUAAGAAGCUGGAGGAGAAGUACUGGGCGAUGAGCAGACAGGUUGUUCCGCAUACCAUUGAGACUGCAAGGAAGAUGAAGGCUGAAGGGAGGUUGGGGUUAUGAGUUGAUUAGGUAGUUGCUUGGUUAUGUUAUGGGGGAGGUUGAGCGUUGCGACUGUUACUUAGCAUGAGCAAAGUACAGUAUAUAUGGAGUAGGUUAAUUAAUUAUUACGUCGAUAAUUCAGCCCUACAAGGGCAGUAGUACUGUACUAGUAACUGCACCGCAGAU